UUAAAUACCAUGAUUGACGUGAGCGUAAGUCAGCUGGUGAAUGAAGUGGACAAGAGCGAGUUUACAUUGUACGCGGAAUGGGAGAACACGCACUUCAGAAUAAUAUUAUUGAGAUCGUGCACAAUGCCACUGAGUGGCGAGAUGCACAUAGAGAACGCCAAUUACUUUCUACACAAUUUAGAAGAGACUUUUGAGACAUACUUGGAGAAGACCAGAGAUGCUUUUUCUGGCAAGGAUACAGAUGUGCAAUUCUUUCUUCAGGACGAUGAGUUCAAGUGGAUUCAGGAGACUAUUCAGAUUCGAGGACGGAUACGGGUAGGUCCUCUUUCAAAUGUAUUGACAGUGUCUGACACUUUGAAGCAAUUGGCAGAGCUUUACCAAAGAUGUCAGGAAGGAAGAGUAAAAUUGGAAGAGGAGAACGAAGUCCUGAUUAAUCGCAACGCAAAACUAAUAACAGAAUUGGAUGAGAUAAUAAAUAAAAAGAAAACUAUGGAGAAGGAUCUUUACGCGAAAUUUAUUCUACUUCUGAAUGCAAAAAAGAGAAAAAUUAGAGAGCUCCAGGAAGCUCUUGAUAAUAACAAACCAAAAAUAAAAUCGGUAUAUGACGAAAGCACUGAUGAAGAAAGUGGGAAAUCUGAUAUGGUGGAUGAAACAAGACCUAACAGUAAUGCUAAAUCAUCCGCUAGAAGAAAACGCGUUGCCAAUUAUAAGAGUCAGUCUAAAACUAUACCAAAUAGCAACAUGGAGAACUUUAAGGGAUAUACAAAUUCCUUUUUCAGUAAAAAUGCAAGCCCUGAGCCUUCAACUAGUAAAGUAACAUUGCAAGAUGUAGACAUGUGUCAAGAAAUAGAAUCUACAACAAUCUCUAAUAUUAAAGAAGAAAACUCUGAUGAUGAUAUGUUUCUUAACGAUGAUAAGUGAACCCAACAUAAAUCCAUUCUCAUCUUUAUAUCUAAAAGAUGAUUUCAUGCAAUAAUGAAUAUUUGUUCGGAUAUUUCUUUUUUGUGUGACUUUUACAUGUUUAUAUUUACAAAAGAAUAUAUUUAAAAAAUGUACAUUUGAAUAAUGUACAUUAUGUGAAAGAUAUCAAUUAUAUAUUUACAUAAAAUCCAAAUUUAAAUAAGCGAUCUAGUCCAAAAAAUUUAGUGUAUUAUACAAUAUUUACACUUCAGUAAUAUAUUAUACAAAAUUGAUUUUGUGAGUUUUAGCAUUUUGUCUUUACUUAUGAUGACAAUUACCAAAUAUGCACAUAUAUAUAUUUUA